AUGGGACAGGCUACCUCCAGUAACGAUCCAGCCCACGGGACGGAGAUUUUUUCUACAGGAACCACGCCUGUCUGCCGCUACUCAGGCAAUAGAUCAAUUGUUGGAGAUACGGGCGGUAAUAGAGCUCCCAAGUCACGAUACCUCCCGGGUUUUUAUUCUCCAGUGUUUCUUGGCCCCAAAAAAGACACACAAGAGAUGCGAAUGAUUAUAGACCUGAAGAUUCUAAAGAAAGAAUUCCUCCAAAACCCACCAAAAUACAAGAUGGAAUCGCUCAGCAACCUUCGCACUCUUAUCCGUCCUCACUCAAAAUUCAUAAGUAUAGAUCUGAAGGAUGCAUAUCUGCACAUCCUGAUUCAUCCACGCUCCCAAAAAUCUCAGAUUUGCAGUCAACGGCUGAAGAUUUCAAUUUCUAGUCCUUCCGCUUGGAAUAUCCCUAGCACCUUGGCUCUUCACGGUAAUGAUGAAUCCUAUACUAAACUUUCUCCAUCGCUGGAACAUCGCCAUUCACGGAUAUCUGGACGAUUUUUUGGCAAGGAAUAUUAUCACUCAGACUUUCAUCAAGCAGACCAAGUUCAUCAUCCAUGUGUUUACUCAUUUGGGUCUAAUUGUGCAUCUCGACAAAUCAGAGUUAAUUCCAACUUCAAGAAUCAGUUUUUGGGGGCGAUCCUGGAUUCUCGAGUGUCUCACAUUUAUCCUCCGCCGGAUCGCUGGUUAAUCCUGAAAGACAGGAUUCUACAUCUCAUAAGUGCACCUCCAACAUCACUACCCUCUUGGAUGUCUCUCCUAGGAUCACUAACGUCAAUUCAAGAUUUUACUCAACGGGGCAGGAUCCAUUUACGGGAGUGUCAGGUGUGGAUCAACCAGAACAGACAUUUAGACCUAGACACGCUUCUUCCUUUUCCACAGAAACUACUUUGGUGGACCAACGAGGCCAACAUCCUGUCAGGAGCAGCCUUUCGACCUCCGCCUCCAGACCUGACGAUGUACACAGAUGCUUCCACCUUGGGCUGGGGUGCACAUAUGGGUCAUCUGCAACUUCAAGGAAUCUGGUCAGACCAGGAGAAGAGUCUGCAUAUCAAUGUUCUCGAGAUGUUAGCCAUAGUCAGAGCACUCGAACAUUGGUCUUGGUGUCUCCACAGCAAAGCAAUUAUGGUGGCCACAGACAACUCAACCGUAGUCUGCUAUGUGAACAAGCAGGGAGGAACAAGAUCUCACCAGCUACUUUGUGCAACUCAGAAGCAAUUGUGA